AUGGACAUGGGAUCUUCGUCCUCAAAAUCCUUGUCAUCUACUCCACCUCCAACCGCACAAGAAUCCACCCGUCUCACCAGCGCCAGGCCCUGCUGCAGUUCCAGCCUCAGCGCCCGGCAGCCUUUCCACCGAGCCUCCAACCAACAACUUGUCCUGCGGUGCGGAUGGACCUCUCUUGCCAUCAAAGAAUCUUGA